AUGCCGAAAAUUUUCAAACGAGAAGGUCUUCGAGGUGUUGUUACAUUUAAGCACGAAGAUAGCGGGUGAAAAAAAAAUUCACUCAAAAACUAUUUUCUUCUGUUUUCCAGGGACCCUUUUAUAUAUUUUAUCGGAACCCGUGAAGGUGCGUUCCUAAAAAAAGAGAAAUUGAAGGAAUUUGGAUACACACUUUCACAAUGUCAUAGAGGUACUCUAGUCACAGUCGACGUUGAGUGAGUUGAUUGAAAAAAAAAAUAAAAGUUUUAAUCGCUUCAGAACGGAUCUUAAAAACAGCAAUGCUCUAACAAGAACGGAAAUCGUGCAAGUUAGAGAUGUGGACGACACGAAGCUCCGUGAAGUGUCUUUCCAAAAGAUUGAGGUUUGGCAAACUUUCAAGCAUGCAUGAGUCUGCCGAAAAAAAUCCUUAGUGGCAAAAACGAAAAAAAUAAACAUUACAACAAAUUGGAAAAAAAUUAUUUUUCUUAGAUUUCGGUCUAAGUCGUGUGAAAAAUCGGCGUACACCGAUUUUUCCAUCUCGAAAGAUUCUGACCUAUCUAUAUUCUCUUUUUUUCCUUCUCACAAGGGAUUAUAACCUGAAAUAAGGGCGCAAAAGGAGAGCGUUGCUAGGAAGAAAGACAAGUAAAAAUUUAAUGAAUUACACUAAUUUAUUCAGGGAAUAGUAAAGAAGACUUCUUCAAAUGACGGCUACGAACUGACAAACGAGUUCUUAGGUAUUAAAAACUACAAAAAUCAAUAAAUACACAACCUUCCUCAAUUUUCUUAGGCAAGAUCAGAGAUAAUCGCGAGGUCAUGACCAACCUUCCCGACGCAGAAUAUGUUUUGCAUAUUUUGAGUCCACCAGCAACUUUCUAUUUUGAUCCCAACGGAACUGAAUUCUCUAGAGAAUAUCCAUUCCUGAUUGCGGAGGUGAAUAAUUGAGAGCGAUUUCUCUCUAAAUUACCGUUUUAUUUAGGUUCCAAAGGAUUUCGACACACAAUCGGUUUGAAUUUGAUUUUUACUUUUUACUUGGUUUAAGACUCUUUUGUUUCAAAAAAAUUUUAGAACAUGCUCAUGACUUGUGAGGGAAUUGUUUGUGUGAUCAAAGAAGAACACACUCGGCAAGUCUUCAUUUUCAUCAAAGGCUGCACCCCUUAUACGGAAGUUUUGGCACUGUUCCCUCUACAAAAAGAAGUGAUCCCUGUUGGGACGUUUGUGAAGUUCAAGAUGAUGUUUUCUGAAAAGAGCAAAAAAAUGAGUCAUAAUGGUUUUAUAGUGAUUAUCAUUAUCAGCGAAGAGCGGAAGCAACGGACAUGAACUGCGAGGCAUCGACUUUAGAGAUUAUUGAUCCUCCGGCCGGUUUAUCAGCUUCUUUUAAUGAAAAACUGAUCGUGAGAACUCGCACAAACGAAUAUUAAAGUGAGAAACAUAUUUUUUAGGUGACACUUAAAGACUUCGAAACGGGAAGUGCAGACGGGGACUUACACUCGCACAAUUGGCUUGGUGAUUUCGACGACCUUGAUAGACUUCUAUCUCCUAAUCAACUGUCAGUAACCGUCUGAUUGAUAUUUGAGAUAUUUUUUUAUUCAGAUAUGAAGAAAUUCAACUGGAGAAAGUCAGUGGUCGGGAAAACGGAAAAAAAGAUGUCCUUGGAAUGUUGUCUCCGCCAAGAUGGCUGAACCCCAGAAUUAAACUUGAAAAAAACGUUUUUGAACGUUUAGUUAUCUGCGAUAAAUGUUAAUAAAGUUAUUGUAAUCAAGGUUUUUCUUGUUAUCACUAACAUCUAAAAAGCUUUUGGUAUGAAUUCGGGAAUGACAAGAAAAAGAAAAAGUUUUUCAGGCUAACCCUUGUUCGUUUAGCCUGUUGCAAAGAAAGUUCUCAUGCUUUUUCCGACUGAGGUCAGAGCUUUGAAGACGGAAAACAUGUCAAUUAAACACAAACGUCUUGAAAGACAAGAGGAAAAACCUUUCAAAUCCCCGCCAAACAAAUUGAUCUUAGCACGAACUUUAUCUUAAUUUUUUUCUCUGAAGAAGCUCAUAGGAGCUUAGGCGAGGUUUUUUUAACUCAUCAGAGUAAGCAAAACGACAAGCACCACAAUCCCCUGAAUUCGCAGAGAAAUUGUUUUUACGCUUCCAUUGAUAUAGUCUGUGUGUCACGACAUGGAAUUUCACGGAACGACAUUCCGCUGUUCCGAUGCGUGUGUUCGCGAAGCGUCUGUCGAAUCUAAGUCACGCUUUCAAAUGAUUGUUAUUGCUGUGGUAGCACAGGAAAAUAGAGUACCUUAAUAAAUGAAAAAAAAAUUAACAGCGCGACCAAGGAUAGCAAAGGCGCGCAGCGGCACAGCGAAAUGUCGUUUGGUGAAAUUCCAAGUCGCGGUACACAGGCUAUACCAAAAGCCAGUCAUAAUAGUUUCACGAUAGAUUAUCAGUUUCUAGCUUUAGAAGCAAAUUUUUCAUUAUUAUGCUAUAAUCACCAUUGUCGUUUCUUUGAGCAAAAAUAUACGCAAAGAAGCCGAAAAUUUUAUAUUUUCACUUAUACACAGACUAUACGACACUCAAAACUUAAAUAUACGGAAAGUUUUUUGAACUUUCAGAACCUCAAUUCGUUGAUCAAUAAAAUAAAAGUCAAAACCAUCGGGGUUUCCGAUUUACUAGAGCUCAAAUCCAGCUGGCUAAAGUUAGUGAACUAGCCUCAAACGACCGAAAAGUCGACAAAAUCAAUUAUUUUGGUGGAUUGUUUCGGGAAACUUUUUUGAAGUCUAUGGAAAGUCAAAUAAUUGAUCUCACGCUGCGGCUUUUUUAAAGAACUUUUACUUUUUUUAUUUUUGUUUUUUUAUUUGCUGAGAAGUAUGCGGUAUUUGUUGAAUAACUAAGGAAAAAAUUUUCAUGCAGGCGUCAACUUUUUUUUUUCCAAAAUUGUCGUUUUUAUGCGCUAAAUGUUCCCUUGACAUGUUUUGUCUGAUAAUCGGUUAUCAAUAUAUGAGAUGAGUUUUUUUGAUUUCUACAAGCUUUGUAGAUGUUUAAUAAAAAAGUAUUCUCAGAGGUGCAAUCAUCAAAACUUCGAAAUGGUUAACGAAAGUGAGACAUUUGAAAAACAGUCGGGCUAUUUCGCGGUCUUAUAUCUUCUGAUCGGAAUUUUUACGACAACUGAUUGAUUAAUUUUUUUAUUAGUUCAAGUUCUGUUGCACACGUUUUGAGCAUCAAAAGCCUUCCCAAUAGCUUUGCCGUUUUGUCUAAGCUCGAACAAAGAAGUAAUGCAAAACUGCAACUUUUUAUGCGAAUUUUAAACGGCGAAAAAAAAUCACUCGAUUUUUUUUUUGAGAAAAUCUUUAAGUACAAUUUGAAAAACAGACAUCGAGCUUCAAAAUGAUAUAUAAUAUUCCGGUAUCAAAAAAGAUUUUUUGUUCUGAACUCCUCAUCAAAGUUGAAACAUCAAACAACAAAAUCCGUUUCUUGACAUUUCCGUUUCAACCUAAUACUUUUCCCUCGAUAGCCUAUCCCUCGAGAGCCUAUUCACUCGAUAGUGUAAGGAAUAUGAUCUUGACCGAUCAAACAAACAACUUCGAUUUCGUUGAAAUCGGCUCCUUAUCAAAGCGUCAUCUAAAAGCACCCACGCUAAAAGCCUUUCAAUACCGCGCGCCGCAUCACCAGACGCGACCGGUAAAAGCCCCGAGCGAAGGCUCCUCUCUGAGCCUCCGCUUCGGUACAAUUUCUUACCACUUCCCACGCAGUUAUUUCGAACGUUCUAACUGUAAAGCUUUCAGACGUCGCCGUCCAGCCCCUAUAAAACCAAGCGACACGGAGCCAAAGAAAAGAUCCAUCCGGCCGCGGACGCGCUGCCGUCCUCUUUCUCUCACCUACCAUUUUAUAACUUUGCUUGUUUUGAUCAAUUCAAUGAAUAUUCUCACACUCAAAUCCUUGUUCCGCGUACCGCAUUUAAAUGAAGUUUCUUCCAACAAAGGAUUUUAGCUCGCAAGAACAAAGAUCUUUUACUUAAUGAUUGUUAUUGCUGUGGUAGCACAGGAAAAUAGAGAACAAUGAUAAAAGAAAAAUAAAAGAAAAACGCAACCGAGGCUCGCAAAGGCUUGCAGCGGCACAGCGGAUUGCGUGAAAUUUCAAGUCGUGGCACACAGACUAUAAUACGCAAAUAAUUUUUUCUGGCUGCUGAUUAUAACGUGAGAAAAUUUGCAGUAUCUUGAAAUCUCUUCCAUUCAAUUCAAUAGAAAGUUUCGAGUUGCGGCGAUCCAAAAAUGCCGAAGUGUUUUUAUUUUCACAUUUUCGACUUCAAAGCUUUUUUUCGACUGAAAAGAAAGCUGAAAAUGUUAUUUUUGCAGGCGAUGUCGGAUAACCUAGUCGUCAGAAAAGGCCUUCGUGGUAUUGUUACCUACAUGCAUAACGUCAAAGAGUGAGCAAAACGCCUUUUGGAUGGUUCGGAAAAAAGUCUUGAUUUAGCCUUUGCUCUGUCCAUCUCUUCUCGACGUUGGAAACAGCUCGUUUACAAAAUGAAGUCAUCAAGGAUGGGGGGUACCGACCUAAGGACAUCCGACUGGGGGAUGUAGUUAUUGUAGAUGUGAUGUGAGCUCAGUGUAUUUUUUGCAUACAUCCGAGUAACGUCUUUUUCAGAACACAUCCAACCGAAAUCAGCGUUUUAAAAAAAAUGUCGCGCUUGAGUUGUGCAAAGUAGAAACACGACAGUUUUUUCAAACUGCCUGGAAUAAAUUUGAAGUAAGCAAACAACUUGAUAAAAAAGCUUUUUUUAGGGAAAUGUUCGGAAAAUCUCUUCGGAGAAUGGAUACAUUGUGAUGAACGAAGUUUUAGGUUGGAAGCCCAAAGUUGUAAAUUUAUUUAUUUUUUGUUCAGGAGUAAUCGGAGACCCGAACGAGAUGAUGAGAAACCUUCCGGACGAAGAAAUAAAAAUGGAGAUCAUCGUUCCCCCAGCUCGCUUCUAUCUCAACACGUUGAACCCUACCACAGUUUUCUCCAGAAGAACGCCUUUUCUCAUUGCGAUGGUGGGUUUUGAGGAAGGUUAUUGUGGCUUUUCUGAUGAAUUUCCAGGUGCCUCAACGGCUGGAUCUUUCCAUCAGAACGGUGAGUCUCAUUAUCUUAAUAUUUCGGUAAAUUUCGUUUUUUACAGGAUGAAAACCAAUUUUGCGAAGGAAUGGUUGUUGACUAUGUGCGUGACAAGAGUAGAAACUGGGUGUAUAUCUUCACCAACGGUUGUACGGCGUACACCGACAUUUUGGCGCUCGUUCCUCCAAACUUGGAAGUUAAGAAACCUCCGAUUGGCGGCUUCGUGUCCUUCAUGAUGAAGUGA